UAUUCCGCCUUGUUUCCCUCCAUCAUCUCCGCUCUGCUCUCAGUGCUCAGACCUACCGUUAAGGUGCAGACCCGAGUCCCGCUCUUGGGGUAAAUAGAGGAAAGUCAGACGACAUUAACGCCUUCAAAAGGACAGUUUAAGACUUUUUAAGCUUAAAUAAAGAUAUUUUAGCGCCUUUGAGCAGUUGAUUUACAGUAAAAUGGAUCCAAUGACUCAGUCCGCCCAGAUAUCAUCGUCGCAAGGGUUUGCCGAUGGACAGAAUUCAGCUGCCAAAGAAUCAAAGAUGUCCGAUUGCUUUCUUUCCUCUUCGCCUGUAUCUCUCAUUCAGUCUCCUCAAGUGAAGGAUCUGAUACACUGGCGAGACCCCAAGAAGUCGGGCUUGGUGUUCGGCGUCUCCAUGCUGCUGCUGUUGUCUCUGGCGGCAUUCAGCGUCAUCAGUGUGGCCUCCUACCUGCUGCUCGCUCUGCUCUGUGUCACCAUCACCUUCCGCAUCUACAAGUCUGUGGUCCAGGCCGUGCAGAAGUCCAGCGAGGGACACCCCUUCAAAUCACUGAUAGAAAAGGAUGUCAGCAUCCCUCCUGAGACUUUCCGGAAGCACGUGGACUGCAGUCUGACCUACAUCAACCGAGCCCUGAAGCAGAUGAGCCGUCUCUUCCUGGUCGAGGACCUCGUCGACUCUCUGAAGCUGGCUGUGGUCAUGUGGCUGUUGACCUACGUGGGUGCCGUCUUCAACGGAAUCACCAUCCUCAUCCUCGCCGACAUCCUUCUGUUUGCCGUUCCUCCAAUCUACGAGAAGAACAAGACUCAGAUUGAUCAGUACAUUGACCUGGCACGUACUCAAGUCAACACCACAAUUGCCAAGUUGCAAGAGAAACUCCCCGGCGCCAUGAAACGCAGCAAAACUGAAUGAUCCGCCGUCAUUACAAAAACCUCCACAUCACCAUCAUCCUCAUCUUCAUCACCAUCUUAAACCCCACCCCCAUCCCCUCCAGACCCCUGCCCCUAAGUCUAACUCACCCACCACCCCCCCCCACCCCACCCUCCCCCCCACUGAACCCUGCUAGGUAGAAAUCUGAGCUACUCGAUAUUCAAUGUAAAACUACUGCGCAGCUUAACUCGCAUUAAAGCAUUCAAAGAAGAACUGUGCCUGUGCAGACAGGAGAGGAAGUGAUGUUACGCCGCCUCGCUGGGCGGAGCCACAGGGAGAUGGAGGCAGGGUUGAGUGAACUAGACUGAAUCUAUGACCUGGUUUUAGUCGUGAGCGGCGAGCUCAGGGGGUGAUGGUGAUUAAAAAAAGCAAAUGUCUGUAUUAACCUCAUUUCCCUGAAGGUAACACGGUGAUUCCACCACCUGUCAGGUGUUACUGCGGCUUGUCUUCUCACUCUGCCGCUCUCAUUUGGAGCAGUUCGGGUUCGGCCUGUAGUGGAGUUUGUUUCCAGGCACUUCCUCUGUAUGUACGUUUCUGCAAUGCACUGAAUUUUAAUUUUUUACACCCGUGAGCAGGUUGAAAUAAAAGGAUUGGAAACACUGA